AUGGCACACCAGGCAGGCCCAUCUCCGCUGCCUGCCACCACUAUACUCAAGAGCGAGCGCAUAUCCCAAGCAGAGGCUCAUGAGUUUCUCACAGCCUAUCUCGAUCGCGCCGCUUCAGACCCGGGAUUCCAGCCAGAUUCUACACUCUCGCCACAAGGACCCAUUGCCGCUGGUGUUGGGUCGUCUCCAAAUCUAGUGAUACACAACUUAAAGCGAGUCCAAGCUGGAUUGGCGGGAGAAGUGCUCGGAAAAGAUCUCAUAUACGCCAAGUUGGAGAAUGAAGGCGGUGCUGCUGGUGGUGUCUUCGAGUUGCAUUCCCAUAAUGCGACCGAUGGUCAGAACUGGGGAGGGAAGAAACGAGAUACAGCCGCAGUUACUGGUUGGCAGGAUUUACAGAGCUACGAGAGGGAGCAGACGGAUAUCGUUGAGGCUGGUGACGGAGACGAGGAGGUUGUUGCCGUAGAGGACAACAUAGAGGCCGUGGAAGAUGCGCAGGAGGAGGGUAAAAUCGACAAGGAAGAGCGCAAACGACGGAAGAAAGAAAGACGCAAGCAAGAGCAAAAGGCGAAAAUGGCUGCAGCCCGGGAAGAAAACGAGGAUGACGAAGCCGAAAUCUGA